AUGGCGCAGAGAGUCUCAUUUUCGUCGAGCCAGCGUCGUCGCCGUGACCUGAGCGCGGCCCUUCUCCUCCUCUCACUUGUUCUUGUUUCGUCUCUCCACGCGGCGUUGGCUUAUCGCUUCUCCGCAGGGCUCCACGCGGACAAGCUGCGGGGGGCGGAAUGGGCGGCGGCGGAAUGGGCGGCGGCGGAAUGGGCGGAGGCGGAAUGGGCGGCGGCAAAGGGCGGCGGCGGCACUGGUGGCGGCGGAAUGGGCGGCGGCGGAAUGGGCGGGGGCGGAAUGGGCGGCGGCGGGAUGGGCGGUGGUGGAAUGGGAGGCGGCGGCAUUGGUGGCGGCGGAAUGCGAGGCGGCGGAAUGGGCGGCGGCGGAAUGGGUGGCGGCGGAAUGGGCGGAGGAGGCAUGGGUGGCGGCGGAAUGGGCGGCGGCGGAAUGGGCGGCGGCGGAAUGGGCGGCGACGGAAUGGGUGGUGGCGGAAUGGGAGGGGGCAUGGACGGACCUGGUUCCUCUGCUCCAGGUUCGCAAUCAGCCAUGGGUCCUGGGGGAAACAUGGGUGGCGGCGGAAUGGGCGGCGGCGGAAUGGGUAGCGGCGGAAUGGGCGGAGGCGGCAUGGGUGGCGGCGGAAUGAGCGGCGGCGGAAUGAGUGGCGGCGGAAUGGGCGGCGGCAGCAUGGGUGGCGGUGGAAUGGGCGGCGGCGGAAUGGGCGGCAGCGGAAUGGGCGGCGGCGGAAUGGGCGGCGGCGGAAUGGGCGGUGGCGGAAUGGGUGGCGGCGGAAUGGGCGGCGGCGGAAUGGGCGGCGGCAUGGGCGGACCUGGGUCGUCUGCUCCCGGAUCACAAGGAGCCAUGGGUCCUGGGGGAAACAUGGGCGGCGGCGGCAUGGGUGGCGGCGGAAUGGGCGGAGGCGGAAUGGGCGGUGGCGGAAUGGGAGGCGGCGGAAUGGGCGGCGAAGGCAUGGGCGGCGGAGGAAUGGGCGGGUCAGGGUGGUUUGCUCCAGGGUCGCAGGCAGCACCCGGCCAGGGUGGACCUGGGAUGGGCGGAGGGAUGGGCGGAGGGAUGGGGGGAGGAAUGGGCGGAGGGAUGGGCGGAGGGAUGGGGGGAGGGAUGGGCGGAGGGAUGGGCGGAGGGAUGGGCAGAGGGAUGGGCGGAGGGAUGGGCGGAGAAAUGGGCGGAGGGAUGGGCGGAGGGAUGGGCGGAGGGAUGGGCGGAGGGAUGGGCGGACCGUAUUAG